UGAGCCAACGAGAGAAGAAUUUCUGAGGAAAAAUGAAGGUCAUCCUUAUUAAAUUGUUUUCAUUCUGCAUGCUGAUGAGUGCCUUAACAGAUGCCAGGCCUAUCCAGGAGGGAGAUGAUCCCUUUGCAGAACCACCAGCUAUGCCUUACUGGCCCUUCUCCACCACUGAUUUCUGGUCAUAUGUGGAAUAUUUCCGGACCCUAGGAGCCUACCAGCAAAUAAACGACAUGGCCCGAACCUUCUUUUCUCAUUACCCUCUUGGGAACACCCUCGGAUACAAUGUUCCUUAUCAUGAGCACUAACACCUGUGCUCUGAUUAGGCUAACAGUACUGAGCUACUGGAAGUAGGUACCAUUGUCAGUGACUAGGUGGUCAUGUUCAGUUAAUGCUUCUUAAAAAUCAAUUCCAAUAUUCUAUCUCUCUGCAAAAUUCUCAUGUAAAAUUCCUAUAGUCUUGCAUUUUUGUACCAAAAGUUCUAAGCAAAAUGAAUAAACGUUUAUUGGCUGUUUGGUUCAUUUUUUUUAAAAUCUCAAUAUCUCCAUCUUAAACUUCUAUUUUUGCUCUUGGAUCUGUAAAGGGAGAAUCUUGAAGAGACAAUUACUUUGUCUUCAAGUCCUUCACGGAGUUCAUUCCUUCCUACUUAUCCACUUCGUCUCCCACUACAGCCCAGCUCAUACUCUUCCUUCCUCUCUAGCCAAUAUAGUACUUGGGCCUCGUUCUUCUCUCUCCCACUCUGACCACCUGCUCAAGUCUGUUCUCCUGCCUGAAA